AUGUCCUCACCACCGGCGUCCACCGAUCACCGCCUAGUGGGCAGCACUACCGGUGCCCCCGAUACUCCCAGUGCCGCAGCUACACCGCUCCCCCAGACCCUCUGGAGCCUGCAGGUGCCCCUGCACAUCACCCAUGCAUCCAAAUCCACCGCCCCCUUCAUCGUGUCGGUCCCACGAUUCAGCUAUCUGGCGUUAUUGCUGCCCCGCCUGACGGCCUAUUACGGCCUGCCGUGCUCGAGUUUCCACCACGAGGAGAUCCAACUGCGCAACCUGGCUGUGGGCCUGCUGGUCGACCUGUACCAGCCCGCCACCCUUCCGUGGAGGCUGGUGGUUGGCGACGGCCCGGAGUGGGACAUAGCCGAUACAUUUACCAACUCGGCCAAAGAGGCGGACUUUGUGAGAAAUGGUAAUGCAAAGCAGAUCAUGAGUCUGUCCAAGGAGCACAGCACCGCCUUGUGGAAUGCUGUCCAAGAUAAUGAUCAUGUCUCCUUCGGCAAGGUUAACAGACGGCUGCUUAACACACCGUCUCCAUUUAAAAAUGUCCCCAUACGGAUCUACAUCCCCUCCUCCCCCAACGACACCGGGGACGCCACGCCAGGGUCCUUCAAGGUAGUUCAGAAUUUGGUGUCUCCACGGUUACCCAAUAGGGCUCCGCAAACGUUGGGCGCCGCUCUCAAGAGCAUGCUCCCCACUCUCUUCCCCAGCAGUCGGGACCCUGUCUUGGCGAAUGUGAUACUUCAUGGCGGCCCCGUUCCCUUUAGAGCGCCGCUCGAGGAGCUGAUGCGCGAGGCCGCGUAUCCCGAUGGAUGGCUGUGUCUUUGUGUCGUGUUAUUAUGA